GAAUGAGUCGCUGCAUAGAUACCGUUCGAACAACACCAGCAUUCACCACUGGAAGUUUGCCUCGGAAGAAGAGGACAUAAAAUGACGGGCUCCACAAAUGUGUCACUAAAGAGGAGGAGCACUCUAACAGGAGAAAAGAUCAAGGAUCAUCAUCAUCAUCCGCACCAUCAUCAUCAUCACCAUCAUGGAGCCCACCACGUGGACUCCGCUACGGUCCUGGCUACAAACAUCACCAACUUCGUCCGCAAGAACGCCCCGUCAUGCACCGCGUCAGAGCCCGCCGGUCGCGAAAAGGUUGAGCAGCGCACCAGCCGGAUGUACGUCAGCACCCGCCCGGAGGGCAUGUGGGAACGUCACUUCCGCCGUCGCCAGAAGCAGCUGCAUCAGGGGUUCUUCAGUGUGGCGCACCGCCCGUACCAGGCUAUGGGCGACCUGAAGCUAGAUCCCCGCCUUCUGGUCACUCAAGCCCUCAACCUGCCCGUACAAGCCAAGCUCCCGCCUAUCAGGCGAACUGUCAAGCCGGACACAUCUUCCCCCGAUGGCCCUGGCGGGACAGGAGAUGUCCCGCUAAUGUUGGGGACGGAAACGUUGAAGACCGCCAAGGACUGGCGAGAAAAGGACGCGAGGACACCUGCCGACUUUCACCAGGUCCAAGAGGAGAUACGGGAGAGCCAGAACCUCAUGCGGGCUGUUGCUGCGGGGAAACCGUUCAAGGAGAUGGUGCAGAUGAUGCAGGCCAUGCGCGCACGUAAGGGCUCCCUCAUGGAGGACCCCAGCAAGAGGAGGCCGUCCACGGGCGGCUGUGCGGAGGUCCCGGUCACAGAGAUGCUUUCGGGUCUACCCGAACCGACCCAUCACGACAGCUCCGUGGAGCUCCUGCGCGCAGAGCGGACCCGGAAAGCUUUCCUGGAGAAACUCAGGAACAUUCUCCUGAUCAUCAGGUGUUUGUACAAUCUGAGGAGCAAGGACCUCAAGUCAAAGACCCCGCUCUCGCACGAAGCUGUGAAAGCCCUGCUGAAGAAAGAGGUGCCGACAGACGGGCAUGGCCGUCCCAUGUUACCCCUGCGGCACGUGGCCACUCCCGGCAUGCACCACGGCCACUACACGCCCUCGGAGCGCUCCGAAUCUGCGGAGACUGUGGACGGGCAGUUCCACCUGCAUCACCGCCGCCGCCGCAUGUCCUACGGUCACGGUCACGGCCACGGCCACGGCAGAUUGUCCUCUCGCAGCACCCGUAAGUUUAGCACAAGCCAGCGGCGGCAAGAUCAAAGAGUGGAGACUUGGGAGGACCUUCUGACCGUGGACCCUGGAGCACAGAAACCGGUGGUGAUGCCCAACCUCUUCUCGGUUCUCGGUCACAUUCACGAAAAUUCAGAAGAGCAGAAGUCAGCUGGUGGCGAGUCUCACAAACGUAACAAACGAACCACUCACGGACCGAGCCACACUGCAGAACAGGACAAGGAGAAGUUGGGUGAGAAGCUUCCCCCAUGGAUGAGUGUGGGGACCCUGGAAAGGGCCAUUAAGACCACCAUAGCAACACUGAACCAUGGGAAACCUGACUGCGUCUUGACCGCUAUUAAGAAGGACUUUCUGAAGGUCAAGAACAAACUCGGGAUAGAUUUGGCCGAAGAUUUGGACAGGCUGAACAAGUACAAAUGCGAGGUGUUCGCCAACAAGUUCCUGUGCCUGCGACUGGGCCCGCUGUUCCAGGAGAACCUGGAGGACAUGAGGUGGAGAGGGGUGGCGCUGGCACGCGCUAGCGACGCCGACGUGCUGCCGUCCAAAUGGUGA